UCCCAUUAUAACCAUGCACAUAAAGUAACGAUAUCACACACGUCUACAUCCUUCUGAAGGUGUUUCAUUCGUCCACGGCUGCUUUCACAGGAUCAGGGAGCUGAGCUGACUGACAAUAUGGCAAGACGAUUAGAUGGAAAGUGUUUAGGGAAUCCGGAUUGGAGAGAACACCCACCUUUUACAGAAAAGACACGUGAUGAACUAUUGACGUACGUGACAUCAUGGAAACCCACUGAGCGCGUUCAGAAAGCAUUCGGACAAAAGCCUUUGCGGCUUCUGGUUCUUGGCCCAUCGGGGCAUGGGAAGUCCUCCUUCGUCUCAAGCAUAAAGUCGUGUGUUGGCAGAGAGCUUGGUCAGGGUGCUGUUGUUGGAGCUGGAAUGGCACAAGUCAGCAGACAGUACAACGAGCACACGCUCAUACAUAACAACGAGGACUUACCGUUCGUACUGUGUGACUCCAGAGGGCUACACGAGGAAGGGGAAGGCGCUGGAAUUGAUGGAAUCAUGAAGAUCCUUACUGGAACGAUUCAACAAGGAGAAAUUAUGCCGACCCAAAAAGAUACAGUGAUUGAACAAGUCAUGCAAUACCAUGCUACGGAUCUUCCCCUGGGGAUCAUCUUUGUUGUUAAUGCAACAAAGUCAGAUAAUCUCGGUGGUAUAUUCUCAUUCAGAGAGUAUCUCGAAAAGGUCCUCGAGGCCCUAAAUGAUAUGGAUAUUCCCCGGUGUGUUGUUAUGACACACGUCGAUUGCGUCAUUGAAUCUGACUUAAAAACAGCGUUCUCAAACCAACGCUUAGAACAUGCUGUCAGGUCAGCCGGAAACCUUUUCCAUGUGCCCAAGCAUUUGUCUUCCCUGUAAAAUGUUACACUGACGAAACGGUGCUCAAAAAGAAGGUCGACAUCUUGUUGUUAGAUGCGUUGAAGGGUGCUUUGAUUGCUGCGAGGCAUCGGGCUGAGAUUAUAGCAAGAUUAAAACCGGACCGUGGGUUUGGGAUUCUUGGAACAGGUUUGAGUCAAGGCGGACAUAUUUCCUUUACCUAACCCUUUGGAACUCUUUAUCACCCAACCGGAUAUAGGUUAAACGCUCUUCAACAAUUCAACAGGAAGUUAUGCUUUAGUUGCUUAUUGUCUAGUUCGUUGCUGUGGGGAGUUUUCGAAGCAUCCUUGUAGAAAUCUUAUGAAGGCAUUCUGAAAAUAACUUAAGAUGACUUCGUCUAUUGUACAUCACCUCGCAGGUAACUUUUUAUGACCUUGUUGCAGCAGUAUUGUUGCUGAGCGUUUGCUCUCAUUUAACAAUAAAGGCGAAAACGAACCAUGUUUAUUCCAAAUUCCUGCUAAAUCCAUUUUGACCGGACUAUAUCUUGAAUGUUUGUUUGGUAAUCACCAUCAAAUAUUGAUGAUACCAUGUGUUCGUGAAAAGUAGGGUGUUUACUGCCAACCGAUGGCACCCUUCACACACGUAUCCAAGUGAAAGAUCACGAAAACAUAUGGUACACGUCAAAUUGCAUCGGACAUAGUUUUUAUCAUGCUUGGCCGUGUUAGAAAUGUCUUCCCAUGUGUUGAAUGUUGUAAUCUUGAUAAACCCGUGAAGAUCCGGGUUAGACUUGAUCUUCAGUAGUGAGUGAGUGAGUUAAAAUUUACCAUCACAUUGAUCUUCAGUACCCCAUGCUUGUCGUAAGAGG